UCUCCGAGGUUGAAUUAGUUUGCCAUGAGUCAACACAAAAUAAAUGAAGUGAGCCCCAAAGAUUGUUUACUUCCAUACCUGGCCUAUACACGGAGUUCUGGAUUAGACCCUCUUCUCCGGAGCAUUAUCAUGGCAUUAUUUGGUCUUCUUCAGGCUUUGUGCAAAGCGCUCAUGAAGUCGGCAUAUAUGCCCCAUAUGCUCGGUAGGCCUACCACUGGUUAUGAUGGGAAAUUGAAGCACUAGCGUGGCGGAUCAGCGCGAAUGUGUAGCAUCCUCCACCCUCUUCGAAGAUAGGAGUUCACUUUGUGUCCAUGGAUCAGAACUGAAUUCGCCACCACCAAGUCCUCGAACUGUCCAUUUUUUACUGGCGUUUUGUUUUGGGUCGGUCAUCCUCAACGCAAAACGAAUCUUAUAACGAAAAGUGACGUGCGGGUAUCGUCCAUAUAGGAGUCUGCAAUAUAUUUGACAAGAUUAUGCGAGAGGUGACCCAUCCUCUUUUUCUCCCCUGAUUCGUGUAUAUUUAUACUGACUUUUUUAAGUUUUGCAAGUCACUGAUCAUCUUGUGAUCAAUGUUAAGUGUGGUGUGCGUAUUGGAUCAACGACGACGAACACUCUUUCGUCACAACAUCCGGAUAUUCUAUUUUGUCAUUUCAUAUCAGCUCAUUGAUAACGCAACAUCCUAAAUCAGUUAUUUUUGUGCUUUUAAAGGGUACUUAUGAUGUAACCGGAUAUAUCGGAAUAUAAACACAAAGGCAGGUGAAAAAAGUUGGUCCACUCUUGGAUGAGCUAAGUUGAAGUUUGGGCAGCUUGCCGACCUAUUUCCCAUUUGUAUUAUGAAGCCAAAGAGUCAAACUCUUUUAAACGCGUCUAAGGAAUAUGAUGUGGAACUCAGUUCUGGAAGUUGAUGUUUACCUUUUUUUGAGCAACAACUUGGAAGAGAAGCCGUCAUCCAAAUGAUAUCAGCAUAAAACUUGUUGUUUUGCCGGCGUUUCUUGUUGGCUAAGGAAACUUAUUAAUCAUCUGCACAAGAGGCAAGCAUCUAUUAGUGCUUAACAUUGUUGCGUCAUUAACUACCUCAUUCGGAAACGCUAUUUUCUAUCGGGCCUCUUAUUAAUUAGUGUUAACGAAUGGGAGCAUAUAAAAGUUCAGACUUUUCUUUACCGUAAACAUGGUAAAAUCACCACUCGUCUCUGCUACGUUUGAUAUGCAAACAGAUUCUGGCUCAGGACUGGACAAAAUAUAGGCAUUGUGACGACAAACAACAAGCAAUUUGCGAUUGUUUUUUUUUCUCUCUCUCCCUCAAAAGAACAUAACAAUGUCCAUAUCAUUGAGAUGUCAUAGUUUGUGAAGAACGAUUUCUGAAGAGGAAUUAGCUACUAUUUUGUCGUCAUCUCCCACCCACAAUCCAAUGAAAGUUCUUUUAUGGAUAAUAAGUCGGAUUAUCUCUUAACGCUUGAUCAGGAAUGAAAGCAGUAUCUCUUUAAAUUGGACACUUAACUCCUGACUCAGAGUUGAGGAGACAAUAAGAACGAUACGCUACCAGAUAGGAAAUGUUGGUUAAGCUCUUUAACGAACAACGACGAUUUCAUACUUGGAAUUCAUUAUACAACGGCGUAACAGUUAUUCGACUUUGCAUAAUACGACAAACUUGCAAUUUAACUUCAAAACGCUGCAAUUAGAACAAAGAUCUUGAUGAAAAAUUGUGUGUCAUCAUUGUGACGUACUAAAGGCUGGUGCGGUUUUUGUUGUUUUAAAACGAAGGCCUUGUUUUUUUGUGGAGAUAUGGAUCGAGCCAAUAUCAUACACUCCUUCCUGCUGACACGACUGAUGACAUUUACUAUUCUGAUGGUGACACCGGUCCUUGUUACGUCACAAUUGAAUUCUACUUCGUUCGUCAGUAUAGGCUGCUUCUACGACAACUUCGAAUACGAUGUUCUUCCAGAUCUCAUCCAGUGCGAGGGCGCCCUUCACCAAUCUUGCAUUAACACAUGCACUCCUAAACAGCCUUACUGCCAAUCAAAUGACAUGACACCUGAGCUCUGUUUUCAAAUAUGCACCAACCAAAAUGCACGUUACUUUGGGCUCCAAGAUGGCAGCCAGUGCCUAUGCGGAGGAGCUUUCGCGCCAUAUGAUUCGAAAGGCGCGCCACCGGCCGACUCAGCUUGCAGCAAGAACUGUACCGGUGACCAGACACAGAUGUGCGGUGAAAGCUUUCAUGUUUUCGUCUAUGAAAUAAAAGAUCCUGCAUCGGACUGCUUCCAUCCGGGUUACCUCAAUGUCGGUGAAGACAUCUACCCACCCGUCAACCAAAGGAACUUCACCAUCAACGACACCCUUGACUACAGCACCAUCUGUGUAUCACCUAGUACCUUAACGGGUACAUCCACUAUCACCUGCACAGAAAACAACUGGUCCGGUGCUCCGCCGGUCUGUACAAUCCGCUGCUCCCCACCCGAUCCGCUGCCGUACGUGGUCUUUGAGUCUGUGGCGAACGAGAGCUUUGUCAUCGGCGAAACGUUGUCGUACACAUGCUUGGGAAAUGCAACAAAUCUAUAUAACACCGAGUGUGACAGCACAGGUUUGUGGUUACCCACGGACUGUCCAGUGGUGUGUGCAAAGACGAACUUGCCUCCUGGGGGCGCCCUAGCAACCACCUCACAUUUAGACUACUUUGCCAUGGGGGCGCUCGUAGAUUUCGUGUGUGAUGGAGUGUCUUUAAGUUUUACGUUCCGAUGUGGAAGUUUGGGAUACUGGAAUACAUCAGGUUUUACUUGCCCAGAUGUUAUGACAACGGUGGCGUCUCCCGCGACCACACCUAGCAACGACCAACCAACGUCAUCAGCGGUCGUCAUUGAUAUGACAAGUCUUGAACCCACUGGAUCCACGACAGGAGUUGGCCCAACGAGUGAGUCGAACCAAGGUUGGGUGAUCGCCGUAGCCGUGGUGGUGCCUCUCAUCGUCAUCCUAAUCGUCAUCAUGGCCAUUUGUUGUUACAGGAAACGGAAAGAGGAGCAAAACAAACACGUCCCUCAAGUUGUGCUGGGGUACAUCAAGAAAAAAGGAACACUCGGCGGUACCCUCAGACGUAAUCGUGACCCGGAAAAGGAUCUCACAGACAACCCGGAAGGAGAAACAGACAAUAUUAAAAAAGGUGGCACACUGACACACUCACUGAGUACCAUGAAGCAACAAUUCGUCAAGCGUGUCACACUGAACCGAAACAGGCCCGAACUGCCACCGAAAAAGAAUCCGAAGAAAUCGAGCUCCCGAUCGGUUACGAGUCAUGCCGAAGUUGGAUACGUUAGUCCGAAAGGCGCCCGAACGGAUAGCGAGGUCGAAAGUACCCUGCCAAACCCAGCACCGAUGAAAAGAUUCUCGACGGUUUCAAUCGUAUCAUCUGUGGACAACGGCCUCGAUGAGGUCUUCAAGGGUGAAUUAAGAUCAAGUAGAAGCAGUGAGAUGCUAGACGCGCUCAUGGUGGAAUUCGAUGGUCGGGUCAACCACGGGUACGAUAAUGAAGAAUCUUCGGCAAGAUCGUCACCUUCGUUGCCGUCGAAGAACUCGCCGACAACAGAGCAUGUGGUCGUUCACACUGCGCGUCCACCGUCCCCAAAACCUGAAACGCCAAAAGAGAAUGGCUUUGAUCAUGAUACAGAGAAAAAUGGAGAAGUUGAAACCUCAGAGACGGAUGCCAAUGUUCGAAAUGGUGAGGACAAUUCGAAUCCAGAGUCCCCCAAGUCUGAUAAUGAGAGUGAUUCACACGUGAAAGGCGAAACCGAAGCAGCAGCUGUGAACGGUGGUUACCUGGAUGAGUCGCCAUACGACAGUUUAGGUGAACCCAAACCAGCACCACCUGAAAUUUUAAAAGCGAACGGUAUUGCAGGUGAAGGGGAUUCGCCUCAUGAAAGUGCUAAGGAACGGAAUCGACCAUCCCCGUUAACAUUAAAAACUAACGGCGGGUCCGACCAUACGGGACUGUCUGGACCUGAGUCGCCGCAGUAUGCAUCACUUGCAGACAUGAAAUCACCAAAUGGCGGGAUAGGUGUUAUGGGUAGCCCUUCUGCGACACCAACUAAACACGAUUAUGUUAAUGUCGGACGCGGGAAUUCAGUGUCUGCGGUGACGCGCAUCUCGGCGGAAUUCCAUCAUCCGCGUCCCCCAUCUCUCCCGCCAGAUUCCCCUUGAGCGUUGACAAAUAAUCCACCGGCGUGGUCAUAACUGCUGCUGCUGUUGUCCCUGGCAAUAUUGUGAACUUUCCGGUUCAAAAAUAUAAUGGUGCUUCAUAAGUAACUAAAAAAAUUGUAUUGUUCUUACUCAACUAAGCAAGUACGCAAGGGUCCCGAACGGUGCAUGAAGAGUUGUGCGUAAACGCAACAAAUUUAAACGCAAGUCGAGAAUGCGUGCUUCUAAUUGGUUGAAAAUCAAGUCACGUGUGUAUUUAGAGUUGUGUUUAAUUGCGUCUGUUUCUACAAAUGGGCCCCAGAACGUCUACAUUGAAAUAAUGUUAAACAAUGGUAUUUAAGCAAAUGGGACGACGUUUAGAUUCACAGUCGCAGAAUUUUACCAAUUUUAAGAACCCAAAGUAGAAUAUAAACUUGAUAAAGGAGGAGAAGAAGAAGAAGGCGAAGAAGAGGAAGAAUAAGAAGGAGGAGAAGAAGAAGAUGGUGAUGAUGGUGGUGAUGAUGAUGAUGAUGAUGAUUAAGAAGAGAAGAAGACGGUGAUGAUGAAGAUGACGAAGAAGAAUCACAUGGAAAAGGAGGGGGAUGUAAACAUGGUAAAGAGACAUUAUGUUUUUCAUAGAGAAGAAGAGAGGAAACAGGUGCGAGAGCGAUUAACGAAUAAAACAUUGUCCUGUGGUGAAUUAGUACCACCUAUUUGGUCGACAAGAUUAAAACGAUACAGAUAAAUUCAAAUAAGAUUUUCAUGGACUAAGGGAGAAUCUUUUGCGUUGAUUUGUGACUUUGUCAUGUUCGUACUGCUGCAAUGAUUAUGUGUUUUUAAGUUUAAAUAGUUUUCGUUGUUUCCUGGUAAUUUCCCAUGCAUCUUCACUCUCUUGCUCCUAUCAACCCACUCUCUCUCCGCCUCCCCCUUCCGCUGCUCCCCCCCCCUCUCUCUCUCUAUCAUACGGCACCUGUCCCACCAAGUAAUCACUAUCUCCAUUUUUAAUGAAGAAAGUGAUUUCAGAUUUUUUGUGCCCUCGUUUUUGUUCCUUUUAAUGAACAUUAAUUACAUGUUAAAACUUAAGUUUUUAUUAUUUUACAUUAUACUAUGCGAAAAUAGAACAUUCUGACUGAUGAAUCUUCUAACAGACUUUGGAGAUAUACAUAUUUUUGCAUUUUUAGAAUCAUGUACUCAUUAUUUAUAUCAACAAUUGUUUGGUAUUAUAUAUUUUAAUCAGGGUUGUAAUGUUCGAUUUAUUUAUUCGCAUUUUACUUAAUUUCUUGCAUAAUCAUAAGCGAAAUUAUUGCCAAAUAUUGUUCGACUCAAUUACAUGUAUUCCUAGAACAAUAAAACUAGCUUUAUCAUUAUGUUAAUAUCAUAGUAAUAACUGGUGUAUAAUGUUUUUUAUUAUGUGUCCUUCUUAAUUGUAGCUUCUAACACAAUAUACGAUAUCUUAGCCAUUUAACUAUUAUAAAAGCAUACAUGGUACAGGGCUAUAAAUAAGUAUAUGUAGGACCUAAAUUUCACAAUUGAUGUAACAAGCCAUUCUUAAUGCCACCGCUCACCUUACGAUUGGUCUGCGAACAGAUUUUGGAAUAAAACGUAGUAGAAUUUGAUUCUAACGUUGAGACAUGGAAUAUCUUGUUGUGUAAUGUUCUAAAUCAUCUUACGAAUACCUACGUUCAAAUCUGUGACUCUGCUGUCAUCCUUAUAAGAGUAAAAUCGAAUUUAAUAUCUAGUCGUAAUGGCGUCAGAGCAAUCGUACAAUUAGCUACGAUUUUUGACUUAUUUGGUCUUUACUCCUAAAUAAACAUGAUAAAGGCUGCCUUGCAAUCAUCCAAACUUGUUAUAUUAGUAUUCUUUCAUUUAAUACGGACUUCAAAGGUAAGGAUACUUUUUAUUCACAUUGUCUGAAACUUUUAGCAAAAUGCGAUUUGUAUAAAAAUCGGAUCAUGGACGAGUCGUAAGGUGUGCGGCCGUGGCCUUCAUUGACAAUAAGUCCCCUUUUAGGUAUAAUACAUAACGCUGUUCGUAAAUUUACAACGGACUUCUGAAAUUGCACGGGGGUGUUAACUAGACUAGAUUCUGAUUAUUUUCAAAACUACAAUCAUUCAUAGAUCUACAUUUCGAUGAAAAAAAAUUAAUACAACGGUUAAAAUCAAUAAGUAAUUUUGGGGGUGCAGGGGCUUUGCACAGAGUGGAAGAUGACUUUUAUGGAGGUGGUGUUGUGAAGACAAAAGUAGUCCAGUGUAGCAACCGAAGAAGUAGAAACUUGAGGUUUUGUU